GUCCCGACUGCCUGUGUUCGAAGUCCUGGCUUUCCCGUGGUGUCAAGGCUUCGGGAGUUUCUUCCGGCAAUAACUUUUUACGAAUUUCAUGUUGCUGGCGAGGCAAGAAUAAAUUCUAUGGCAGCUCACGUGAAGAGUGCAAACUUCGCGCUACUCAGCGAGUUGGCGAAUUGCGUAAGGAUGACAGCGAAACGUGCCCGUUCCUCGAAGGUGCCCGUAUUGGAAGCUCUAACGGCACUCCAGGACAAAAUCAAGGAGACCGACGCCGGGAUGUCUCCUCGCUUCCAGGCCGACCAGUACGCCCUCAACAAUAGGCUUCAAAGGAAGGACAGCAAUUUCGUGCUGGACUUCUGCCAGCCAACAUUCCUGCAAGAGUGCCACGAGAAAAUGCAGUUUCUCGACGUCGGCUGCGGCACCGGGGAUUUCACUCGCGAAUGCUUGCUACCCCGCUGCCUGCCCUGUCGGAGGAUCGUGGGUACGGAUUGGUCUCUGGACAUGAUAAAGUACGCCAAGCGACACUCGGACCACGCGAAGAUCCAGUACCAGGAACUCGACAUCUCCGUAGACGUGACCAACUUCCUGGCUAUCAACGGCCCGUUCCACAGGAUCUACUCCUUCUAUUGCCUGCACUGGGUCAAGAACCAGGACGCCGCGCUGAAGAACAUUGCCAGGCUCUUGAAGCCCGAAGGAGAGUGCCUGCUACUCUUUCCGGCGUCCAACCCGGCAACCGCGGGUUAGAAAUUGCUCGCCAAGAUGGACCGCUGGGCAAAGUAUUCGGAGAAACUCCUGGCGUACAUCGCUCCCUGCGAAGACAUGGUGGAAAAACAAGAGCAGAUUGAUUACAUGCGGUCUCUGCUGGACGACGCGGGACUUACACCCAGUAUCUUCGUUAUACCGAGGAUGGCGACCUUCGAUGGAUGGACCGAGAAGGACAUAAUCGGACUUCAUAUGAGUAUCCU